UCUCCCCACUUACACGCAUUGACAUAUGUUUAUAUAUAAACCACCAUCUUUGGAAGAAUUUGUAUCGAACAAUUAAUUUCAGAGCUUCAAGAUUUAUUAAAUUCAAAUCAAGAAAUGACUCUCGUUGACAUCCAGAAAUCUCCCUUGUCAAGACUGUACAAGAAAUAUUUCUCGAGAAAAUCACAACCGUCAGGAAAACUUGAAGACGAAGAAGCAAGAAGAAGCAGCACCAGCACCAGCUCGUUGAAUGUCGACGAGCUAAGAACCGUGUUUGACUAUAUAGAUGCGAACUCGGACGGGAAAAUCUCUUGUACGGAGUUGCAGAGCUGCGUUAGCCUCUUGGGCGGCGCGUUGUCGUUAAGCGAGGCGGAGGAGGUCGUGAAGAUCUCGGACGUCGACGGAGACGGGUUAAUGGAUUUUGCGGAGUUUAUGAAGCUGAUGGAAGGAGAAGACGGUAGUGACGAGGAGAGGCGGAGGGAGCUGAAGGAGGCGUUUGGGAUGUAUGUGAUGGAGGGGGAAGAGUUUAUCACGGCGGCGAGUUUACAGAGGACGCUGAGUCGACUCGGAGAGUCAUGUACGGUUGAUGCAUGUAAGGUCAUGAUUCGGGGAUUUGAUCAGAAUGGUGAUGGAGUUCUCAGCUACGACGAGUUUGUUCUGAUGAUGCGAUGAGAUAACUUAUUAUUUGUCUUGCUUCAAAUUUUAUUUAUUAAACCAUUCUUUUGUAUCUUGGUUUGGUAUCUGAUCUUCAUAAUAAAACGUGGUUUGUAA